AUGUUGGAACUUACAGAUGUUUCUUCGGACGCAACAGCUACCCCAACUGGCUCACCACAAGUCGUUACAGUUCCUAACUCUACUUCUCCUUUUGCAUUUCCUCGUGGUAUUCCAGCAAAUGCUCUAGCAUUUCCUGUAUAUCCUGCUGUACCGGCUCCUCCACCAGCCCCUUUACCCCCUCCACCAGCUCCUGUACCUCCUCCACCAGCCCCUGUACCCCCUCCACCUGCUCCUGUACCCCCUCCACCAGCUCCUGCACCCCCUCCACCAGCCCCUGUACCUCCUGCACCAGCUCCCGUACCUCGCGCACCAGCUCCUGCACCUCCCGCACCAGCUCCUGUGCCUCCGGCACCGGCUCCUGUACCUCCCGCACCCGUGUCUACGCCUCCCGCGCCAGCUCCUGUACCUCCUGCACCGGCUCCUCCCAAUAGUUCAGUUCCAUCUUCGGGAAGUGCUGUACCGCUUGCACCAGCUCCAGGAAGUGCAGCUGUGCCGGCUCCAGGAAGUGCGGUACCACGUGCGCCAGCGGUGCCGUCCGCAGGUGUUUCCGGUGAUGCGGUGCCAGGCGUGCCACCUCGUAAUAGCGAUUUGCCUGUUGCAUCCAGAGACGCGGUGACAAUUGCUGAACUGGCUUCCGACAACAGGCUGCAAACUACUCAAGCCCCCGACGCACCGCGGGUUAAACGAGCAACACCGAUGAGUUGGCCAUACUUGCCCGGCAUCUUGCCACCAUUCGCCAUCUUUACGGCACCGCCGCAGCAGGGCACGCCAUCAAUGCCACCAGGCAUUACCGAUUUCCCGGAAACGAACAUAAAUUUGGGACAGCCGAUUUUACCAUCGGCCCUGAAACCACCAAUCGUUGGUCCAGAACAGCAACCGUUCAAAGGUGUCAUUGGGGGCCCAGCACCGCCACCAAAUCUUGCAGCACUACCGGAAGCCGGGCAACCCAUUCCGGAGAAAGGUGGCAAAAUUUUUAUACCGAUUGGUCCACCCCAGUGA